AAAUCACAAAUACCAGAAAAAAUAACACACAAAAAGAAGAAAAAAACAUUUCUAGAGAAUUCCAUUUUCUACUUUAGGGAAUGCAGAGAGAUGAAAGGAGACUCGCGGCUGUCUAACCGUGGUAGUACUAAACGAACUAUUGGCGGCAGGAAUUGUCACCGAAAACACGUCGAAGACGGGUGAUCGAUAUAUUUAUUUAGUUACAAGCUAGUUAUUGUAUCGAUUUUCGACUAAGUAUUUUACUUUUAUUGUAUUAUUAAGUACGUAAAAGCAUUUCAUCAAACCGAUGGCGGAUGAAAAAAACAAUGGGGUACUACACGGAAAGUACGAGCUGGGUCGCCAACUCGGACACGGCACUUUUGCCAAAGUGUACCACGCGAAAAACGUGCACACCGGCAAAAGUGUCGCGAUGAAAGUCGUUGGUAAAGAAAAGGUGAUUAAAGUGGGAAUGAUGGAUCAAAUCAAGCGCGAGAUUUCGGUUAUGAAAAUGGUGAAACAUCCUAAUAUCGUCGAGCUCUACGAGGUGAUGGCGAGUAAAUCCAAGAUUUACUUCGCCAUGGAGCUCGUACGAGGUGGGGAGCUUUUUGACAAAAUUUCAAAAGGACGGCUGAGAGAAGAGGUUGCUAGAAGCUAUUUUCAGCAACUCAUCUCAGCCGUUGAUUUUUGUCAUAGUCGCGGUGUGUAUCACCGCGACUUAAAGCCAGAAAAUCUUUUACUAGAUGAAGAAGGAAAUCUGAAAGUAACUGAUUUUGGUCUGAGCGCAUUUUGCGACCAUCUCAGACAAGACGGGCUGUUACACACUACGUGUGGAACACCCGCUUAUGUCGCACCCGACAUAAUUGGCAAAAAAGGAUACGAUGGCGCGAAAGCUGAUAUAUGGUCUUGUGGAGUCAUUCUUUAUGUUCUCUUAGCCGGAUUUUUACCAUUUCAAGAUGAAAACAUUGUAGCCAUGUACCGAAAAAUCUAUAAAGGCGAUUUCAAGUGUCCACCUUGGUUUUCGUCAGACGCACGAAAACUAAUAACCAAAUUACUAGACCCGAAUCCUAGUACUCGUAUCACAAUUGCGAAAAUUAUGGAAUCAAAUUGGUUCAAAAAAUCAGCACCAAAAAAGAACACAACGUUUUAUCUAGAAGACGAAUGUAUCCAAUCAAAAGGCUUAGAGGCCAAAACACUUAAUGCAUUUCACAUAAUUUCCUUAUCAGAAGGAUUUGACCUCUCGCCUUUAUUCGAAGAAAAAAAGCGAGAAGAAAAAGAAGAAAUGAGGUUCGCAACCACCGAGCCAGCGACCACGGUCGUUUCAAAGCUCGAGGAGGUUGCGAAAUCGAUGAAAUUUAGUGUUAAAAAGAGUGGGGACCACAGCAGCUUAAGGCUACAAGGACAAGAAAUGGGAAGGAAAGGGAAAUUGGGUAUUUCGGCGGAGUUAUUCGCCGUAACGCCGUCGUUUUUGGUCGUCGAAGUUAAGAAGUCGAGUGGCGAUACAUUGGAGUAUAAUCAGUUCUGUAGCAAGGAACUCCGGCCAGCGCUUAGAGAUAUUGUUUGGAGGUCAGCAGCCGGUGGUCACCCUUUUCCGGCAUGAUUUAUCGAUUAAUUUCUAAUUAUGUUUGUAUUGUUUUUAAUUUAUUAGAAAAGUUGGGCAUGUGUUAUUUUAAGAAUGGAAUAAUUGUUCGUGAUUCAGAA